AUGUUAGCAAAGAUCGCCGCGCUGGUGCUGCUACUGUCACUGUUGCAGCUUGCGCUUUGCGCAGAAGACUACUACAAGAUCCUUGGCGUUGACAGGUCUGCCAACGACAAGCAAUUGAAGACGGCGUACCGCCAACUGUCGAAAAAGUUUCACCCAGACAAAAACCCUGGCGAUGAUACUGCCAAGGAAAAGUUUGUUUCCGUGUCCGAAGCCUACGAAGUCUUGAGCGAUCCGGAAACUCGUCAAAUCUACGAUCGACACGGACACGAGGGCGUACAGAAUAAGCGCAACGGCGGCGGCGGCGGAGGGGACCCCUUUGACCUUUUCAGCCGUUUCUUUGGUGGCCAUGGCCAUUUUGGUUCUUCUGCCGGCGAGCCGCGAGGGCAUAAUGUCGAAGUCAAGGUAGAGAUCUCGCUCCGCGAUUUCUAUAACGGCGCAACGAGCGAGUUUCAGUGGAAUAAGCAACACAUUUGCGAGACAUGCGAGGGUACCGGAAGUAAAGAUAAGCAGGUGGACCACUGCUCUGCCUGCAAUGGCCACGGAGUGCGCAUCGUCAAGAAGCAGCUUGCCCCCGGCAUGUUUCAGCAAAUGCAGAUGCGUUGCGAUGUGUGCGGCGGCCGUGGCAAGACGAUCCGAAACGUCUGUCCUACAUGCCACGGGAUGCGUGUCGAAAAGAAACCCACGACAGUUACACUCAAGAUAGAGCGUGGCGCAAAGCGCGAUUCCCGCGUUACCUACGAAAACGAGGCUGAUGAGAGUCCCGAUUGGGUUGCUGGCGAUUUGCUUGUCACAUUGGCGGAGAAGAGUCCUUCGCCAGAGGAUAACCCUGACCACGUCGAUGGCAUGUAUUUCCGUCGCAAGGGUGAUGAUCUGUACUGGACAGAGGUCCUUAGCUUGCGGGAGGCUUGGAUGGGUGACUGGACGCGAAACCUCACACACCUUGACCAGCAUGUGGUACGACUAGGGCGCGAGAGAGGCCAAGUGGUUCAGAACGGACAUGUCGAGACAGUGGCUGGUGAGGGUAUGCCCAAGUGGCACGAAGAUGGCGAUUCCGUCUAUCACAAGCACGAAUUUGGCAAUUUAUACGUCACAUACGAAGUCGUCUUACCCGACCAGAUGGACAAGGCCAUGGAGAAGGACUUUUGGGCGCUGUGGGAAACUUGGCGCAAGAAGCAAGGCGUCGACCUGCACAAGGAUAGCGGGCGACCAGCGCAUGACGAGCUGUAA